CUGGCUUCUGUUAUUCAGUUUUUGUCAAUGGCUGUAAAAUAUGUUUAAAUGUCUAUCCCUUCUUAAUCGUAGACUUGCUUAUAGGUAAAGUAUUUUUUGCGAGUGUUCAAGCGUUAAUUAUUUUACCACACAAUACAGGACACGCAAACAGUAUAGUACAAGAUAGGCUAUUUAUUUAUUUACUGUAUUAUAAAAGCAAUAAAGCAUCGACUUGAAAUACUCAAUUGAAGAAAUACGUAGGCGUUUUCGAGCGCCCCUUGUGUAUGUCUAUGGUGAUGUAAUCCACACUGAUAAAGUAUUUCUUCCAUCUUCAUUUCCUUGAACCGAUGACAAAUUAGUCUGUACUAUAGGCGAGACCAAUUAGCAUAUAUCAUUCAGAAUAUACAGUUACGUUUGACUUGGACAAAACUGCGUACAGUUUUUUUCAGUAGUAAGAAAUAAAAUUAGUGAGAUUUUUUUAAAAGUCUGAGCAGAAUCGUUGUUUAUAGUGCAAACAUGCACUUUAUCCCGCGCACAGGACAUUUCUAGGCUCCGUCGACUUGAAUUUCAACAGCAGAACAUGAGUUACAUCAACGUGAACGUGAGCUCUCUUAUACAAACAGUGCUGGCUCGUGUGGUAGAGCCGUUCCAUAAAAUACUUUUGAGAAUUAGCUUUAAAAAAUAGGUAUAAAAACAUUAAAAUAUCUAACCGGUUUAUUGUAUAACAUUUAUAGAUAUUUGCUCACCAUUGUUUUGCAUCUGAUUAUUAAACCCAAACGUUAAAAACGCGCGUGCAUCCUACCAGAUAUGUUAGACGAAGCUGAAGACUGUUUAAUCCCCAUUUACCCGUGACUUCAGGUCUAAUUGAAGUUCACGAAGCCCAUGUAGGUGGUGUCUCCUAGUCUCACUCGGCUUGUCUGUGCAGACAAUAAGCUACUGGAGCUAAAACCCGCCAUAAAACCAGCCUAUAUCUCCGGCUGCCUUUAGUGUUGGUUUCCACCCUGCCCUCAUUUAAGCUUUAAAAGUCGCAAUAACAACAACAACAACAACAAAAAUGUUGUCCUGGAUCCCUGGAGAAAAAAGUCUAACCAGCCAAUAUUUAAAUGAAUGCAUGCAAACUAUUGAACAGUACAGAUUAAAAUUUUCGACUAAUUUUUCGGGGUAUAGUGUUUAAAGCAUACCCACAUUUGUCCCCAUAGGCCUGAACGCCUACAUAAGGAUACCAUCAGCCGUCCUUCUCUAUGGAGGCCAAUGUAAUUUUAACAGGGCUGCAGUCCAAGUUAAAACUUUAUGGCCCUAAACCGUGUUUAGACCACUAGGUUUCUCCACUACUGCUUGAGGUCAGACACGACAAGACAGCUCUUUCGACAGUCCGUACCGGAAAAUUCAUAGUACAAAACAUAUCAUUUUAAUUUUUAAAUAAACGUGCUCAUUUGAGCAAGCUGUGCUUGGUGCAUGAUGGAAGCUGGUAGCCUGAAGAAUGGCAACAUUAUGCUCCUGAAUUUAGCUGCAUUUACACCUCCGCCUUAUGCGCGCCAUGCAUUUGCACGGAUAAGGGUAGUGAAUUAACUUCUGUAGCCUAUGACUAAUUGACCGUGUUACCCAAGCGGUACAAGUGCAAAAAAACUGCAUACGGCCGCAUAUAAGUAAACCAGGAUUUACAAACAAUUUGGAUGGAACAAUUAAAAAAAACCGCAAUUAGUGUAGGCAACCUCUAUUAACAUUUUUCCAUUCAUCUUUAAAAAUAGACAAAUGUCUAAUCAUGCAAUGAUUUGUUCUUUAAUAAAUUGAACAAAAUAAAUAAUUUCCCCUAACGUACUCAUCAACUAAUAAGAGGGGCACAAAUUGUGAAUGUAUUUAAUGACACAAUUUCCCUUUGAGCAAAUAAUAACCUAUUGCAGAGAAGCUCUCAAACACAAAAUUCGCAAUAAUUCUUUAGGAUAAAAAAAAAAAAAGAUACAUUUAUAAAAUACUAUCAGUUGAAAUGCUCGUGGAAGGGGCUUCUUAAAAACAAAAAACCCAAAGAGCAUGAUAUGUCCAAAUGCAUUCGAUUAUUUGGAUUGAUAAACAAAACAAAAUUCUAAGGCGGUAAAUAUAAAUCGACCAUAUGAAGUUUGCUUGGCUAUCAAUAAAACGUUUCUUCUUACAGCACAUUUACAAAUGCUGGCACAAUAUAGCCUUCACUUAGUAGUAGUUGUCAAAUUCUUCUCAUGGUCACAUGACUUUCUGCUCUCUGCUAUGGAUGGAGAUGGAUCUCCACGUCACCUCUCUGCUCAAAAUUUCUACUCGGCGAUUGCGCUCCAAACCCACUAGAGCUCUACUCGGCACAACGAUGUGAAGCAGGACCAGCGCUUUGGUACGGGCCAUUAGAUAAUGGAUUAUGAUGAGCGUGUGCCCGUUGGGUCUAAUAUGUAUUUGCCUAACUGCACUUACUACGUGUCCGGAACGGACUUUUCCAGCCUUCCACCGUUUUUGCCCCAAACCCCGUCUACUUGCCCCAUGACAUACUCUUACUCAUCGUCUAGUUUGCCCCAGGUUCAGUCCGUUCGGGAAGUAGCAUUUAGAGACUAUGCCAUUGACUCUGCCAGCAAGUGGCACCACCGGGCCAAUUUGCCACACUGCUACGCGCCAGAAGACAUGGUGCACCGAGACUGCCUUCCCAACCCGGGGACUUUAGGGGACAUGUUCUCGAAAAACAGUUCGGCUGUUUACCACUCGGGAUCCGGUCAUGCUUCCGGCGUGUAUGGCAGCGUCGGAAGGAACGGUGUUUUGCCCCAGGCUUUUGAUCAGUUUUUCGAAACGGCUUACGGCAACGUGGAGAAUCAAAACAGCGAACAGGCGAGCCGAUCUAACAGCAGUAAAGCCCCUCCGGCAGUUGCGGCAGCCUUGAGCUCGAGGACAGAGCCAAGCAGGGACCUCGAGGAUGCAGAACGCCGCGAGGAGACCAGCAGUCCCGAAUCAUCUUCCGGCAAUAACGAAGAAAAAUACGCGAGCACAAAUGGACAAAAAACGCGCAAGAAGCGAUGCCCCUACUCCAAGUAUCAAAUAAGAGAACUGGAACGAGAAUUUUUCUUUAGUGUUUACAUAAACAAAGAGAAGAGGCUGCAAUUAUCCAGGAUGCUUAACCUCACCGACCGUCAAGUAAAAAUCUGGUUUCAAAACAGGAGAAUGAAGGAAAAAAAACUGAACAGAGACCGUUUACAGUACUACUCAGCAAACCCUUUGCUGUAGAGCUUGUGUGCGUAUGUGUGUGAGUGUGUGUGAGAGAUAGUGUGAACUUCAAGGUCGCGGCGCCUGAACAUUCCAGGAGCGGAUCUGAAGGUCCAGAAACCUCAUUUCACCAUAUUUAGUCUAUGCAAUAUAGAAGAAAUUAUUAUUAUUAUUAUUAUUAUUAUUAUUAUUAUUAUUAUUAUUAUUAUUAUUAUUAUAAGUGCAUUUCCAUUCAGUCAGCAGUGUCAAAUACAUUUUACAGGGUUUUUUUUUAUCAUCUAUUGUUUUAUGGCUUUAUUUUUUGACGAUCGUGUGUACAUUAUAUUUAUAAAUGUGAUAUGUAUACCUGUUCAAAACAUUGUACAGUAAAGGAAGUCAUUCUAGAGAAAGGAAAGGUUCAGGAAAGGUUCAUUAAUUUGAUUGUCUUUAUACUAACAAUCCUUCCUUUCAAUUUUUUUGUUUAAAUUUUUUUUUUUUAACAAAGCAGGUUAAUUGGUUUGUACGGAUUGAAUGUGAGCUGAAUUUUGUCCCUUUUUUUGCCAGACUUUCAUCUAUAGGCCAAAUGGACGGAUUUAAUGAAUACACAAAAAAAGUGUACAAACUCAAAUUUUGUAUGAAGAACAACCUUAAAAGCAAUAGUGAAGUCGAAAAGGACACCGCUUAACAUUUUACCAUUUCAAAUGUUAGGCUAAUAUCUUCGAAUUGUCAUACUGUAAUUUUUCCAACUUGUGAUACAUUAUGGACUAUGCAUUCAGAACUCGUUAUAUAAAUCAGUUCGUGAA